GCAGCCGCGAGCCCAGCGCUGUACCCAGCGCUGUACCCCGCGCGUCCCGCCACGUCCCGCCGCGUCCCGGUGCCACCGCCGCGGCCCCACCAUGCUCCCGCUGCUCGGGCUGUGCUUGGCCCUGCCGUUCUGCGCGGGGUCGCUGGAAGAGGCGCAGAGCUGGGGGGACACUUCGGAGCAAGUUGCACUCAGGGUCCCAAGGCAAGUCAGGCUGUUGCAAAGGCUGAAAACCAAACCCUUGAUGACAGAAUUCUCGGUGAAGUCCACCAUUAUUUCCCGUUAUGCCUUCACUACGGUUGCCUGCAGGAUGCUGAACAGAGCAUCUGAGGACCAGGAAAUCACGUUUCAGAUGCAGAUUCCAGCCGCAGCUUUCAUCACUAACUUCACUAUGCUUAUUGGAGACAAGGUGUAUCAGGGAGAAAUUACAGAGAAGGAAAAGAAAAAUGGUGAUAAGGUAAAAGAGAAAAGGAAUAAAACCACAGAAGACAGUGGGGAGAAGGGGACGGAGACCUUCAGAGCCUCCGUGGUGCUUCCCAGCAAGGACAAGGCUGCCUUCCUCCUGAGUUACGAGGAGCUCCUGCAGCGGCGGCUGGGGAAGUACGAGCACGUGGUCAGCGUACGGCCCCAGCAGCUGGCGGGGCGGCUGACGGUGGAGGUGACCGUUCUGGAGAGGUCGGGCAUCGCAGCGCUGGAGGUGCUGGGGCUCCAGAACAGCCGUCGCCAGGGCAGCGGGCGGGGGCAAGAUGAUUCUGGGCCACCUCCUUCUACUGUUAUCAACCAAAACGAAACUUUUGCCAAAGUCGUUUUUAAACCUACUGUGGUCCAACAAGCCAAGAUUGCCCAGAAUGGCAUUUUGGGAGAUUUCAUCAUUAGAUAUGAUGUUAAUAGGGAACAGAGCAUUGGGGACAUCCAGGUUCUAAAUGGCUAUUUUGUGCACUACUUUGCCCCCAAAGACCUUCCUCCUUUACCCAAGAAUGUGGUGUUUGUGCUUGACAGCAGUGCCUCCAUGGUGGGAACCAAACUGCGGCAGACCAAAGAUGCCCUUUUCACGAUUCUGCAUGACCUCCGACCCCAGGACCGUUUCAAUAUCAUUGGAUUUUCCAACCGGGUCAAAGUGUGGAAGGACCAUUUGGUGUCAGUUACUCCCAACAAUAUCAGAGACGGCAAAGUCUACAUUCACCACAUGUCACCGACUGGAGGCACAGAUAUUAACGGGGCCCUGCAGAGGGGCAUCAGGCUUCUCAGCGACUUCGUGGCCCACAACGACAUCGAGGACCGCAGUGUGUCCCUGCUCAUCUUCCUGACAGACGGGAAGCCCACCGCCGGGGAGACCCACACCCUGAAGAUCCUCAACAACACCAGGGAGGCCGCCCGGGGCCGGGUCUGCAUCUUCACCGUGGGCAUCGGGGCCGACGUGGACUUCAGGCUGCUGGAGAAGCUGUCCCUGGAGAACUGUGGGCUCACACGGCACGUCCACGAGGACCACGACGCCCGCGCCCAGCUCAUCGGGUUCUACGAUGAGAUCAGGACCCCGCUCCUCUCGGACAUCCGCGUGGAUUAUCCACCCGGCUUGGUAGAGCAUGCCACCAGGACCCUGUUCCCCAACUACUUCAAUGGCUCGGAGAUCAUCAUCGCGGGGAAGCUGGUGGACAGGGAGAUGGACCGCUUGCACGUGGAGGUCACGGCCAGCAACAGUAAGAAGUUUGUCGUACUCAAGAAGGACGUGCCUUUGGAGCCCCGGAGGAUGGGGAACGACGUCCCGGGGAUCCCCAGGCCCAAGGGGGGUGGCCAGGAGGACCCCAACCACCUGGAGCGUCUCUGGAGCUACCUGACCCUGAAGGAGCUGCUGAGUUCCUGGCUGCAGAGUGUUGAGGAGCCGGAGAGAGAGCAGCUGAGGCAGGAGGUACAGGCUCUGGCCGUGAACCAUCGCUUCCUCACUCCAUUCACCUCCAUGACGCUCAAGUCAGCACCGCGGACAGAGACCCCGGAGGACGCCUACGGCACGCCCGCGGCCACGGGGCCCGAAACGGUGAUGCAGAGCCUGAGGGGCGCCCACCUGCAGCCAGGACCUGCUCUCAAGGAACCAUACAACCCAAGGAUUAAAGUCUCCAAAACCUCAGCGGAUGGAGACCCCCAUUUUGUUGUCGAUUUCCCUUUGAGCAACCUCACGGUCUGUUUCAACAUCGAUGGACAGCCCGGGCACAUCCUGAGGCUGGUCUCCGAUCAUGCGGACUCUGGCGUGACGGUGAACGGAGAGUUGAUCGGGGCCCCCGCUCCCCCAAACGGCCACAAGAAACAGCGCACUUACUUCCGCACCAUCACCAUCCUCGUCAACAAGCCCGAGAGGUCCUACCUGGAGAUCACGCCCACCAGAGUCAUCCUGGAUGGUGGGAACAGGCUGGUCCUCCCCUGCAACCAGAGCGCGGCCGUGGGGAGCCAGGGGCUGGAGGUGUCGGUGUCCGCCAAUGCCAAGGUCACCGUCGCCAUCCAGGGCAACGUGGCCUUCGUCAUCCUCCUCCAUCUCUACAAAAAGCCAGCCGCCUACCAGCGAAACCACCUGGGCUUCUACGUCGCCAACGGCCAAGGCCUUUCUGACAACUGCCAUGGCCUGUUAGGUCAAUUCCUGAACCAGGAGGCCAGACUCACCGGGCUCAGCAAGAACCCUGCCCAUCCCUCCGUACCCGAGGCAGGCGAGAGGUCUGAGGCCGUCCUUGAGGUAAAAGGACACCAGGUCCCAGUGGUGUGGAAGCAGAGGAAAAUCUACAACGGGGAAGAGCAGGUGGACUGCUGGUUUGCCCGGAACAACGCCGCCAACCUGAUUGACGGGGGGUAUAAAGACUACCUGGCGGCCCAUCCUUUUGACUCCGAGACCACCUUUGGCCCGGGCACAUCCCGGGGACUCUGACGCCAGCAGCCGUAAGGCAAGAAUGUGUGGCAGGGAAACGUCUUCGGGGACCCCGUGGUGUGGUUCUUGUCGCUUGGCAGGUAGCUGCCGCCCAUGGCUCACCCCUGGUGGCGGGGAGGUCUACCCUCUGCUUGAGCAAAGGGUGGGGUCAGGAUGUUGAAGCAAGAGUGGGAUUUCCUGCUCCUCCCCUCCCCCUCCCCCUCCCCCAUCUCCAGUAGAGAAAGGUGGUGGCACCAAAGGGACCAGUCGCAGUUAAAAGCAAGUCUCUAUCUUAUACCAGCUGGCUUGUCCAUCUCCCAGCCUACCACAAGGUGACUCUGAUGAAGGAAGGUGGCCAUCAAGUCUGUUUUCUCUGUGGAAAUGGCCAGGUUUGGGCACUCUGCUUUUUGCCUUAUACUAAUGCAUAGGCAUCUCUCCUCCUCGUCCGCUGCGUUCUCCAGAUGUGCGGCCAACCUCUGCCUCAGGGGAACCUCUCCUUGGGCCCAGGCCACGAGUCAUGCAAAUAGCCCAUAGAUUUGAUCACUGUAAACCAUUCGGUCUUUUCUUAGGAGAGGAUUUUCUUCUACUGUGAUGUCUUGCCCUUGAAAAUUUGUUUUCGUUUUUUAAAAAUUGACUCAAAAUAGAGACUCCGCAUCCCAGAUACCGGUAUUUUUCUAACGGGCUUUGUAAAUCACUUAACUUUGCUGUUGGAGAUUCUCCUAUUUAUUCCAGAAAGCUAAGCGCUUCUAAUAAACAGGGCAGCCCACGUGGGUGUAUUUCACUGGCCUGUCUCAGUGCUGGAGCGUCGGCCAGCUGCGUGAUGAAUCUUUCACUUGGCUCUUCAGCCUUGGUCCUGAUUCCGACCUGAUUUGCUCUUGGUCCCCCAGGAGGUGAUAAGUUAGGCUCUUGCAGAACUGGGAUGGGGAGGCGUUGGCAGCACAGAGCCGACCUACAGGAACCAAACUGCGUGUUCUCAGCAGGAAGUGCGGACGUGCUUACAGAUCUAAGGAGCCCUCCCUCAUCCCAGACAUGCUAGGCCAGGAAAUCAGCGUGAGCAAGAGGCUUUGGGCAAAUCUGAUUCCAUCAGGGAGGGGUUAAAAUCAGGGGCCAGGGUGGUAUCAAAAGUCAAUGACUGUCACCCUCCUCAUUGUGGAACCUGUGAAGCCCGUCACAUUAUCAAGGGGAAGGGAGGUUGAUGGUGGUCUUGAGACCUCCUCUCUCCCCCUCCUCCCUGGCUCUUUGCUGGACUGCGGAGGUUCAGUAAGGCUGAUCCUCACUGCGGUCGGGACGCAGAUGGACACGGGGGGCACUGGAGCCAAACAGCAGGGAAAGGAAGGUUUGGGUCAGAGAAAUGGAAUAUUUUGACGUGAGACCGAAUUAAAUAAAAGCUUUUGUGCUGGCUUCAUGGAACGUUUCUUCCAGUAGGGAGUGACUCUAGAACUUUCAUGCCAUGUGGAAGCAGACUUAGCACUAGGAGAGAAAUCAGAGCUAAGAAAAUUGUUUAUCGCCUUUGCCCUUGCCUUCCCAUUUUCGAAUGGGAAACAUUCGAGCAGCAAAAUGACAUCCACAUGUUUUUGUACACCAGGUGGCUGCAGGAGUUUAAGUUAGUGCCAGGGCCAUCGAGGGCGGGGGUGGGGGUGUGCGACCGGUUGUGUCUCGGAGUCUCCGUCUCUCUCCACCUUGGGAACCCACCCGACCAGGGCCAGCAGCUGUGUUAUUUUUGACUCAACUCAGCUGCCUGUUUUCAUGCCAGCAGUGUGAAUGCACAGGCCCAGGCUGCUGACAGCUGCUUCCCUAUUUCAGAGGGAAAGGAGGAGCCGGAGCUGGGCUGGCCGGGACCUGCGCAGGCUCUGCGGGGACUUUCCUGUUACAUAGACCUCGGGCCCAGCUGGGCAGAAAUCCCUGCAGCCACGACGCCAGCCCGCUGUGUUAGCGCCUGGAGCCGGGAUCUGUGUUCCAGGUGUGGCCUCAAAGCUGCAGACAGGAGGCUGUUACUGCAGGACCAGAUAUUCCAACGGGGUGACCGUCCCUUACCCUCCUAUUCAGAAAAAAAAAAAAAAAUGCACAUUUUUAAAAGUAUUAGGGAUGAGCUUUUAUUUUAGUGUUUCUACUUUAGACUCAUCCCACUUUUCUUUCUCCUCCUUUUCAAUUGUAUAUCUUUUUUUUUUUUUUUUUUUUUUUUUUUUUUGCGAAAGGUAUGUAUCAGGGCAUUUUCUGUUUUACCCAAAGGCUGUGAGAUCUGUGGGCUCCAAACUCCACCCCAAGGUCAUACUUCAGUUUUUUUUUUAAGUUGAUUGAUAAAUGUCAUAUUUUCGAUUGGCCUCGCGUGUUGUGAAUAGCAAGGUCUUUUCAAGUAAAUGCAGCGGCAAGGAGGGAUUCUCUUCUCAGGUGGGAAAACGGAGUCAGAGUGCAGUUGGGUGACUUCCCCCACAUCAUAUAAAAGACUUAGAGCAGGGCCAGGCUGAGCCUCCAGAGCUCAUUGGUUAGCUUUGAAACGAUGUCACCAUAUGGGUAGUCGUUUAUUUUCCUUGAGCAUUUAUAAAUAAGGUGGGGUCGGGGAUACGAAAUGAGCAGUCGAAUGAGGUUGAGAAGUACGUUGCAAUUAGAGGGGAUAAACCUCAAGUUACAUCAUCGCUAAUGUUAAUGGGUCCUAACAAGUUGACUGGCUGGGCUCUUCAGCAAGUCUCCACCCCCGGGACCCUAAUCCACUCCCUCAUCCGAAAAAGAGAGGCAUCUCAAUGGGUGGUCUUUAUGCGUCUCCUAAUGUAAAGUUUCACAUCCCCAAAUAAAAUGGGCUGAACGUUCUCUACCCACUCAUGCUAGGAGCUUUAUCUUCUUCCAUUUGCCUUUUCAGUGGUUUACUAGUUCAGGAUGGAGGGAGCGGGUGUUGGGAGAAUAACCCACCCUGACCCUCCCUCACAGCCGGGCAGUGUGAUGCAGGGCUCUGGGAAUGGGAGAGAGCACCUCUGUUUCUGUGUGACAUAACAUUAGGUCUUUAAUUGAAUCAUGUGUCCUCACAGGUGAAUUAGGGACAGGAUUCCUUUCUUUAAAUGUAUGUGUUGGCUGAGCUGAGUGCUAUGGACAGAAUGUUUGUGUCUCCCCGAAUUCAUAUGCUGAAAGCCCAAAUUGAACUCCCAAGGUGAUGGCAUUAGGAGGUGGGGCCUUUGGGAGGUAAUUCGGUCAUGAGGGUGGAGUCCUUGUGAUGGGAUUAGUGCCCUUAUAAGAGACCUGAGAGAGAUGAUUUUUCUAUUCUCCACCCUGUGAACAUGAGAAGAAUGCCUUCUAAAAUCAGGAAGUGGGCUCUCAUUAGACACUAAGUCAACUGGCACCUUGAUCUUGGAUUUCCCAGCCUCCAGAACUGUGAGAAAUCAAUGUUUGUUGUGUAAGCCACACAGUCUGUGGUAUUCUUGAUAUAGCAGCCUGAGCUGACUAAGAUGCUGAAUCAUUCAAGAUACAAAUUCCUUUUCUUUUCUUCAAGCUACUCAGAAUGUAUACAAACAAUGUUGUUAUUAAAUCUGGACUCUUGGAACCAUUCACACAUGUUCCAACUAAAAUAAACAGCAAAUAAAAUAACACAGCUAAGCAAAUACUUAGAACUGUGACUUUAAAUAUUUAUCUUAGUCAGUUUAAAAUAAUAAGUAGGGCACAAGAUAGUUCACCUUCAACAGACAUUUUCCUUCAACAAAAAUUUGUAAGAGAAUGACAUCUAAAAACAAACAAUACACUGGUAUAUUUGUUUUGAGGGAAAAUGGCUAGAGAGAAUAAAACUUGUUGAUUCUAACUGCACUGCUUGUUUGUAGGAAUUUCUGAAUUCCAUAGAACUAUAUGUAAAUGGAGCAAGUGAGUAAUAUUGGAAGCAUCAUGUUAAAACAACACAUUACUGGGAACCUGCUGUAUGGCUCAGGGAACUCUACUCAGUGCUCUGUGGUGACCUAAAUGGGAAGGAAAUCCAAAAAAAAUGGGGGGGAUACAUGUAUACGUAUAGCUGAUUCACUUUGUUGUACAGUAGAAACUAACACAUUGUAAAGCACCUAUACUCCAAUAAAAAUUAAUUGAAAAAAAAAUAAAGUGACAGAGCCAGCAAUAAAGCUAAAAAAAAAACAAAACCCCAACACAUUACUGUGUGGAACAGCCAAUGUACAGCAUCCAUUUCUGACCUUUUAUAAAACUGUCAAAUUUGUAGAGAAGUGUCUUAAACCUCAGUCCCUUAUUUUCUGGGGACUCGGGCAUCCCAAAGCUUCUCUCACCUUCUUCUUGGGUCACUUGUUUGCCCACACUGACCAUCACCUUGCUCGGUACUUCUUCCGUUGGCACAGGGCCUUUCUCUCGAUUGUGAUUCUGGCAUCUCUCUCUCCAGUUCCCGUGGUCAGGCCAGAUCUUGCUUAGAUGUUAGAUCCUGAAUUAGAACCAAAGCAGACCUGGAGCAGGAGUGAGAGAGACAUCACUGGGAGGUUGUGUUAAAGAGAAAACUAGCCAACUCCUCAUCUCAAGGGCAUGAAGUCCACCUCUUCAGGCUUUGGCUUCUUCGUCUCUAAUAAAGGGACUGGACAAGGUAAUGUGCUCAGAUCCCAUGAUCUUUAUCUUCUGCCUGCACAUGAAGAUACGUCCUGAACGUCCUAAGUAAUAAAUGCAAAGUGAUUCAGUCAAUGACUCCAGUCUAUUCUGAGAUCCAGUGUUCAAGGCUCGGGGAUUCAGAGGAAAACAAAGUUCCUGCCUCCAUGGAGUCCACAGUUUAGAGCAGGAGAUAUGCAAAGAUUGGAACAGAGUGUGAGAAAUCCUGCAAGAGAACUCUGCAGAGGCCCAGCUGAAGGGAGGAAGGAGGUGGGGAAAACAUUCCAAAGAUGGAGAGUAUUCAGCUGCAAGGAAGAAGUGCAUAUACAGAGGGACCCACGUGAAAUAUUUCUUCUGUAAGUUUAAGCAGCUUGGAACAGCUUAGGAAUUGAAGCCAUCGUCUUACUCCAUUCAGUUUCAAUCAGUUUUGAUCUGUGCCCUGUAGAUUCGGGGGUUACUGAGAACCCACAGUGGAUGACACUCAGUGAAUCUGCAGGUUCCUGUCUCCCUGGACCCUUGCCUGGGUCUGUCUCCAGCCCCGCAUCCUUCACUCUUGUCCCCACGUACGGAGAAUGCAUUGGGAAAGUCACAGAGUGCCACAAUGGGUCCAUUCAACCAGCAGGGCUCCUGCUGGCAUUUAGCAAAACUUAAAUCUGUUUUCCUUGAAGUGCAUUGGCCUCCGUGGCUCCCGCCUUCUGCUUCAGCUUUCUAGACCCCCUCACUCCGCAGCUUUCCCCAGCAAUUUGCCUCCUCUCGUGCUGAGAAAACUGCAGAAGGAGCUCCCUCGCUUACUGUGUCUCAUAGCAUCUUCGUCCUGCUGCCUUCGAGGUAUAACGGUCCACCUUCUUCCAGGCUCUAUCCUUCUCACUCCAUCUGGGCAGUUGCCUCAAUGACUCCUCUUCUUUCUAGAAUCUCCAGACUCUUACUCCCCAGAGGUUCUUACCUCUUGGUUUUGGAUACCCUUCCAGACGAGAUCGGGCGUGUUCAGGGUGGUAUGUCCAUAGACUCGGACACCCUUCCAGAAGUCUCCUUCAGGCUGAAGUGCUUAUCCCUGGCCAGGCCCCUGGGGGCUUCCAUCUUCUCUUUUAUUUCAGUGUCAGGCUUGUGCUAGUGGUCGGUGUUUGAACCCUAACUUUUUUUACCUCCUAGUCAGUUGCUUAAGUCAUCAAAUUCAUCUUCUGUCUUUACCACGUUCAUCAAACUGUGUCUCAGACGUCACAUUACCAUUUCUGACAUCCAGUUCCAGCGAUGGGUGUCUCCAGCCCCUACUACAUGACAAUUUUGGCGUCUUCCUCUUUUUUUUUUUUUAUGAAUUUAUUUAUUUAUUUAUGGCUGUGUUGGGUCUUCGUUUCUGUGCGAGGGCUUUCUCUAGUUGCGGCGAGCGGGCGCCACUCUUCAUCGCGGUGCACGGGCCUCUCACUAUCGCGGCCUCUCUUGUUGCGGAGCACAGGCUCCAGAUGCGCAGGCUCAGUAGUUGUGGCUCACAGGCCCAGUUGCUCCGCGGCAUGUGGAAUCUUCCCAGGCCAGGGCUCGAACCCGUGUCCCCUGCAUUGGCAGGCGGAUUCUCAACCACUGCACCACCAGGGAAGCCCUCUUCCUCUUUUUUGAAAUGUUGGAUCCCUUUGCAUCUCUUAUGAGAUUAGAAUUUUUUUUUCCUAGUCUCCUUUCCUGCAUGUCUUUCCUCCUACUAACCUGUGGACAUCCCCCAAGGUCAUACUGGUCCUUUUAAAAAAAUUUUUUUUUUUUGGCCACGCCAUGUGGCUUGCAGGAUCUUAGUUCCCGAACCAGGGUUAGAACCCAUGCCCCCUGCAGUGGAAGCACGGACCUAACCAUGGGACUGCCAGGGAAGCCCCCAUACUGGUCCUUUAUACUCUCCACUCCUUCCACCUUGCAAUCUCACCCACUUCACGGUCUCAGCAUCUGGCUCUGCGUGGACUUGAGGACACUUCCCUUCCGUUAUUCUGGCAUCACCUCAAACUCAGGAAUAAAAGCAAACUUUCCAUCUUCAAAGUCUCUGUAUUUAUACCAGGGGGAUUUGGGAUCUGGGAGGAAAGGAAGAAGUUCUAGCACAAUCUUUUAAAAUUGUUAUUGUUGCAUAUAAAGGUGGAAAUUGUGUGUGUGUGUGUGUGUGUGUGUGUGUGUGUGUGUUGGGUACAUUUCCGAGGCCAACUCAAAAUUAAUUUUUAUUGACACAGAGUUCUUCCUGAAAAUUCUCUGUUAAUCAUAUUAUUUUCUCAAAACAACAGCUGUGUUUGUGUAAGAGAAUGGCUGAUGUCCUGACUGCUCACUGGGAAUUUCUGGUUAUAUAAGAAGAAAAUCACAGGUCCUAAGUUUAUUGAUGUGUCAGUUAAAUCACUUCAUUGUACUACAAGUAUGAAAUGCAUUGUAAAUACAUUUUAGUGUGCUUUUUUGAAACGAAUAAAUUUUAUUUGAAAUGUA